AUGGCAGGCGGGGCAAUCAUUUUAACUUAUGCGGGUGGUCAACCCUACAACGAUCUUCUCUGCCGGGCAAUCGGGACAACCCCAUCCCCGACUGCAAGGUCGUCGGUUGGGAUUUGCGAAUUCAGGCAAAUAACCCAAACUACAUACACAGCGGCAGCGGGAAUACUGUGUGUCGGAGUUCCAGGUUCUCCAAUGGGGGCAGGGGGGAAUCGGGUAGAAUCUAAGCCGGCCCCAUUCAACGCCUCAGGAAUAAUGCAAAGCAGAUUUACAACGCAGGGAUAUGCUAUGCUUUACCAUACCUCAGCCGCCUUGAGGAGAACGAACUGCCACACAAACUGGGUCAUUGAGCCUGCAAUAUUCAGUGUGCCGGCUAAUUAUCACAUCGUGUUUCAAGAGGGGUAG